AUGCACAUUACCCCUAUUUCGACAUCUCCACGAAAAGAAUGCUUAUUGAUUUCAGGCAAAGAUCUUCACGGAUGGUCAAUGUAUGUGGAUAACGAGAGGUCGUGGUACUUGCACAAUGAAACGCAUCACAGUCGAAUAGUUGGAGGAAUAGGGAAAGGCAGCGUUAUUGGUGUGAAGUUGGACUGCAAUCGUGGCACACUCGAGUUCACCAUCAACGAUCGGAAACGAAUGUUCGAGAAAAGCUCGUAUGCGUUCAAGUGA